AUGCCACGCAUCAUCCUUCUGGGAACCCUCGACACCAAGCGUGCAGAGGUCCUAUAUCUAUACAACCAACUACGGCAGAAUGCCACACGCUUUUCCAUGCCCUUAGAGAUCAUCUUGAUUGACUGCGGCCGUCAAGCCGUCACCGACGACGCCAUCACCAUUAACCACACCGAUCUGCUAACCAAGUAUGCACCCGGCGACAGCACCAGCCUAUUGAGUCUGCCUCGGGGCCAAGUGAUUGAAUUUCUCAUAAGCUGCGUCACUAGGUGUGUCACCGAAUUAUUGCAAACAAUGGAGAUCCAUGGCAUCAUCGGCACUGGCGGCAGUGGAGGGACUAGUCUGAUCUCUGCCGUGAUGAGGACGGCCGCACCUAUUGGCCUGCCCAAACUGAUUGUCAGCACAAUAGCGUCCGGAAAUACAGGCCCGGUGGUGGGCGAAUGCGAUAUCACUUUGAUGUACUCGGUCGUGGACAUUGCGGGGACCAACCAGCUCCUACGCGAGGUGCUGGAGAAUGCAGCUGGCGCCAUCUUCGGCAUGGCAUCUACAUAUCAAUAUCGUCUGGGUCAAAACCGUACGCGAAGUGCGCAGGACAGCCGACCAGAGGAGAAGAAGACUCGUGUCGGUAUUACCAUGUUCGGUGUGACCACCCCGUGUGUAGAUCGUGUUCGACGUCACCUGGAAGACAUUUAUUUUGUGGAAGUCUACGUGUUCCAUGCCACCGGUCACGGGGGAAAGGCCAUGGAGCGCUUGGUGGAGGAGGGCCAUCUAGACGCCAUCUUGGACAUAACAACGACCGAAAUCUGCGACCUCAUCGCUGGCGGGACCAUGAGUUGCGAAAUCAGCCGCCUGGAGACGACACUGCGGUGCGGAAUCCCCAAUAUCAUCUCUGUUGGAGCCACGGACAUGGUCAACUUCGGUCCGGUGGACAGGGUGCCACACCAGUACGGCAAUCGCAAGCUGUUAGUCCAUAACCCAAAUGUCACCCUCAUGCGAACCUCUGCAGCCGAAUGCCGGAAGGUCGGGGAUUUCAUUCUCGACAAACUAGACCGAUUUGCCCAGGACCGAAGUAUAGUUGAGGUGUGGCUUCCUAGGGGGGGAGUGAGUAGCAUUGGGACAGCAGGGUCAGCAUUCGCAGAAGCUGACGUCGAUGCUGCCCUUGCUGAUACUCUGCGAUCCGGGUUAAAGGACAGCCAAGUUCGAGUAGUAUCGGAUGAGCGAGAUAUAAAUGACGAUGGGUUUGCACUUGAUAUUGCGGACCAGCUUAUGGCUCUCGUGGUGAAGCGCUCUGGCAAUUUCACGGCACACUAG